CAGCACCACCGACUGUAAACAUGGCGGCGUGCACAGCCGGAUUUCUGUGCUAUGUGCCCCCUUACUGAAGCCCCGAUCAUCGACACACUUCCAUGAUGGAGACAGAGGAGGAGCAGCAUAUGACCACGCUGUUAUGCAUGGGCUUCCCAGACCCGGUGGCCAUCCGGAAAGCCCUGCGCCUGGCCAAAAACGACAUCAACGAGGCUGUCGCGCUGCUCACCAACGAAAGCCCGGGACUCGGAUACGGCUACGAGCCGAUGGAAAGCGGCCCUUCCCCUGGCUCCGGCCUCAGCGGAGACGGCGAGAACAGCGGGCGCACGGGCACCGGAGGGUUUGAUCCUCCGCCUGCGUAUCACGAUGUCGUGGAAAGUGAGAGGAGUAAUGAUGAGAACGGAAACUGUUCUGGGAACAGUAUGGAGUUCCCCACCACUAAUCUGUAUGAGCUGGAGAGCAGAGUGUUCACUGAUCACUGGUCCAUCCCGUACAAGAGAGAGGAAUCUCUCGGCAAGUGCCUCAUCGCCUCCACCUGCCUGGCCAGACUGGGCCUGGCCGAUGCAGAUGAGAACUGUAAGAGAUUUGUUGACCGUUGCAUGCCUGAAGCCUUCAAAAAGUUGCUGACGUCCAGUGCGGUGCACAAGUGGGGAACUGAGAUUCAUGAGGGCAUCUACAACAUGCUAAUGCUGCUGGUGGAUCUGGUCGCGGAGAGAGUCAAACAGGAUCCGAUACCCAUCGGCCUCAUGGGAGUUCUCACUAUGGCUUUUAACCCUGAUAAUGAGUAUCACUUUAAGAAUCGGAUGAAGGCCUGUCAGAGGAACUGGGCAGAAGUGUUUGGAGAGGACAGCAUGUUCGCUGUUUCUCCCAGCUCCAGCUACCAGAAGGAACCUCACGGCUGGCUGGUGGACUUGGUGAAUCGGUUUGGAGAGAUGGGAGGCUUCACAGCAAUUCAGUGCAAGCUCAACCAGGAAGAGAUGGAGAUUGGGUGUGUAUCAGCUCUGGUUCAGCCGCUCGGCGUGUGUGCAGAAUACCUCAACUCCAGCCUGGUGCAGCCCAUGCUGGACCCAGUCAUCCAUAAGAUGAUAACAUAUGUGCAGAACCUGGAGGAGAAAGACCUGAAAGACAAGCGUUUGGUGAGUAUUCCAGAGCUCUUGUCGGCCAUUAAGCUCCUCUGCAUGCGUUUCCAGCGGGAGCUGGUGAACAUCGUGGAUGACCUUCGGCUGGACAUCCUUCUCCGAAUGCUCAAGACGCCCCACUUCAGUGCCAAAAUGAACUCCCUCAAAGAGGUCACGAAACUCAUUGAGGAAAGCACAGUUUCCAAGACUGUGAAGAACGCCAUCGACACAGACCGACUCCUGGACUGGCUGGUAGAAAACUCAGUACUGUCAAUAGCUUUGGAAGGAAACAUUGACCAGGCCCAGUACUGUGACAGAAUAAAGGGAAUCAUUGAGCUGUUGGGCAGUAAGCUCUCAUUGGAUGAACUCUCCAAAAUAUGGAAAAUACAGGCUGGUCAGUCCUCCACUGUGAUUGAGAACAUCCACACCAUCAUCGCCGCUGCUGCCGUCAAGUUCAACUUUGACCAGCUCAGCCACCUCUUCGUCCUCAUACAGAAGAGCUGGGAGGUUGAGAGUGAUCGUGUGAGACAGAAGCUUCUGAGUCUGAUUGGACGGAUCGGCAGGGAGGCUCGCUCUGAGGCGACCACAGGAAAGGUGUUGGAGGUAUUGUGGGAGUUGGCGCAUCUCCCCACCCUUCCUACCACUCUAGUACAGCAGGCCCUGGAAGAACAUCUCACCAUCCUCAGCGACGCAUACGCUGUCAAAGAAACCAUCAAGAGGAACUACAUCAUCAAAUGCAUCGAAGAUAUCAAGAAGAUGCAAAUACAGGAGGAUUCAAAGUCUCCCAGCGAGACACAGGUCUCUUUUCUUACUGGCACCUGGGGCAAGAAGAAACCGAGCUCAUUGGCUAAAUCGUCUCAGCAGACUAACCCUCAGAUGGUGUGGGUGGUUCCAGCCUUGCGGCAGCUUCAUGAGAUUACACGGUCUUUUAUCAAACAGACCUACCAGAAACAGGACAAGAGUAUAAUCCAGGACCUGAAGAAGAACUUUGAGAUAGUGAAGCUGAUCACAGGCUCUCUGGUGUCAUGUCAUCGCUUGGCCGUGUCUGUCGCUGGAUCCAAUGGUCUUUCUGGGUCCACACUGGUUGAUGGCCGGUACUCCUAUCAGGAGUAUUUGGAGAGUCACUUGAAGUUCCUUGCAUUCUUCCUGCAAGAGGCCAGUCUGUACCUGGUCUGGAAUAGAGCCAAAGAGAUCUGGGAAUGCUUGGUCUCUGGCAUGGAUGUGUGCGAGCUGGAUCGAGAGAUGUGUUUCGAAUGGUUCACUAAGGGACAGCAUGAUCUAGAGAGUGAUGUUCAACAGCAGCUCUUUAAAGAGAAGAUCCUCAAGCUGGAGCCUUAUGAGAUCACUAUGAACGGGUUUAACCUCUUCAAGACCUUCUUUGAGAAUGUGAACCUCAGUGACCACCGUCUCAAACGGCAGGGAACACAACUGUGCGUGGAGCGAUUGGAUCUGGCUGGGAUGGACUUCAUCUGGAGGAUCGCGAUGGAAUCUCCAGAUGAGGACAUCGCUAAUGAAGCCAUACAUCUCAUCAUUACUUACAGCUACAUUAACCUCAACCCCAAAAUGAAGAAGGACUCAGUAUCUCUACAUAAGAAAUUCAUUGCUGACUGCUAUAAGAGAUUGGAGGCUGCUAGCUCUGCGCUGGGCGGCCCGACCCUCACACAUGCUGUUACCCGGGCAACCAAGAUGCUGACAGCCACUGCUAUGCCAACGGUCGCCACAUCAGUUCAAUCUCCAUCCAGGUCCAGUAAACUAGUUAUCAUUGAGAGACUUCUGUUAUUGGCGGAGCGUUAUGUCAUAACAAUAGAGGACCUGUAUUCUGUUCCUCGAACUAUUCUACCUCAUGGAGCGUCUUUCCACGGCCAUCCUGUUACACUUCACAUCACAUACGAAUCUACCAAAGACACAUUCACCUUGGAGGCCCACAGCAACGAGACCAUAGGCAGCAUCAGAUGGAAGAUAGCCGAGCAGCUCAGCUGUCCGGUGGACAAUGUGCAGAUAUUUGCCAAUGACAGCAUGCUGACAAUGAAUCGUGACCAGAAGCUGUUGAAUCAGCUGGGUUUCUCUGAUGAGCAGAGUCUGACGGUAAAGAGCUCAGGAACAGGCACUCCAUCAGGCAGUUCAGCGGACAGCUCUGCCUCGGCCAGCUCCAGCAGCAGCGGGGUCUUUAACUCUGCGUAUGCUUUGGAGCAGGAGAAAUCUCUUCCUGGUGUGGUCAUGGCGUUGGUGUGUAAUGUCUUUGAGAUGCUUUAUCAGCUCGCCAAUUUGGAGGAACCCAGAAUAACUUUGCGUGUCAGGAAGUUGUUGCUGCUCAUCCCGACCGACCCAGAGGUGCAGGACGCCCUUGAUAACUUUGUGCCAAAAGAGUCCAGCGUCUGGAGUCACCAGAAAACUCUGUUUACGCUGGGGUCUGGUUCUCAGGCCUCAAAGUCUCCAUCUCUGUCCAGUAAACAGCAGCACCAGCAGAGUGCAGCGUCCAUCCUGGAGUCUCUGUUUCGUUCCUCUGCCCCUGGCAUGUCUACAUUCAGAGUGCUUUAUAACCUGGAGGUGCUGAGCUCCAAGCUGAUGCCCACAUCUGAUGAUGAAAUGGCAAAGACCAGUGUCAAAUCUUUCUGUGAGAACUUCCUCAAAGCGGGAGGUCUCAGUCUGGUGGUUAACGUCAUGCAGAGAGACUCCAUCCCCUCUGAGGUGGACUACGAGACCAGACAGGGAGUCUAUUCCAUCUGCCUGCAGCUGGCCAGGUUCCUGCUGGUAGGGCAGGCUAUGCCUAGUAUGCUCGAUGAGGAGUUGAGCAAGGAAGGUCUGGACACUCUGUCCUCUCGGCCGUUCCGUAACGCCGGGCGUCAGAGCGGCCGACAGCUCUCCGUCUGUGGGACUCCAGAGAAGUCCUCCUACAGGCAGGUGUCCAUGUCUGACAGAUCCUCCAUCAGAGUGGAAGAAAUCAUCCCGGCUGCCCGUGUCGCGAUACAGACAAUGGAGGUGGGAGACUUCACAUCCACAGUGGCGUGCUUCAUGAGGCUCACCUGGGCAGCAGCUGCAGGCCGAUUGGACCUAGUUGGAAGCAGCCAGCCAAUCAGAGAGACGACUAACUCGCUUCUCCCGCUGGGUGUUCGCAGCAGGGUCAGCAGCACAGGAAGUAACUGCAGCUCAGGCAGUGAGGGAGAGGUCACCACGUUGCAGGCUGGGAUAUGUGUCAAACAGCUGUUUGUGUCCAUCAAAGACACUAUUAUUGCAAGAGAAGCACUCUCUUUACUCGUCACAUGCCUUCAGCUACGCUGCCAACAGCUAUCUUCAUUUUACAAUCUGCCUUCUGUGAAUGAUUUCAUCAUUGAUAUUCUGCUGGGGUCGCCCAGUGGAGAGAUUCGACGUGUAGCGUGUGAUCAGCUGUACACUCUCAGUCAGUCAGACACCUCUGCAUACCCUGACCUCCAGAAGCCCAACCUCUUCCUGCUGAAGGUGGUUCUGACAGCCCAACUUCCUCUCUGGUCCCCCACCAGCAUCAUGAGGGGCAUUAACCAAAGGUUGCUUUCACAAUGCACAGAGUAUUUUGAUCUGAGGUGCCAACUACUGGAUGACCUGACCACAUCAGAAAUGGAGCAGCUUCAGAUCGGCCCUGCGGCCAUGCUGGAGGAUGAGAUCAGCUGGCUUGAUAAUUUCGAGCCCACUUGGACCAACGAGCUGGAGACCAGCGAGGCCGACAACAUCCUGCUUGCUGGACACCUGCGCCUCAUUAAAACCCUGCUGUCCCUCUGCGGCAGUGAGAAAGAGCAGUUCGGUCCUUCUCUGAUCCAGCAACUGUUGGACGACUUCUUGUUCAGAGCGUCACGAAUCAUCCUGAACAGUGACAGCUCAUCUAGCACUACAGCAUCUAUCCACGACUUUCACCCAAAGUGCAGUACGGUCAGCAGUCGUCUGGCGGCAUACGAGGUGCUGGUCAUGUUGGCCGACAGCUCUCUUACUAACCUGCAGCUCAUCACUAGAGAACUGUUGUCCAUGCACCACCAAUCUGACCCAUCUCUCACCAAAGAGUUCGACUAUCUUCCUCCUGUAGACAGUCGUUCUGUGUCUGGGUUUGUGGGACUGAAGAACGGAGGUGCAACCUGCUACAUGAAUGCAGUGUUCCAGCAGCUCUACAUGCAGCCUGGUUUGCCUGAGGCUGUCUUGUCAAUUGAAGAUGACAUUGAAAACCCAGAGGAGAGUGUGUUCUGUCAGGUGCAGUCUCUGUUUGGUCACCUGAUGGAGAGCAAACUACAGUACUACAUACCUGAGAACUUCUGGAAGUAUGUGGAUCAGCUUGAUGAACAUCUAAAGAAAAUCGGUCGAGAGCAGAUCUUCAAAAACACAUUCCAGGGCAUUUUCUCUGAUCAGAAGAUAUGUAAAGACUGCCCACACAGGUACGAGCGCGAGGAGACGUUCAUGGCUCUGAACUUGGGGGUGACAUCCUGCCAGAGUCUGGAGAUCUCUCUCGAUCAGUUCGUCAGAGGAGAGGUCCUGGAUGGCAGCAAUGCUUAUUACUGCGAGAAAUGUAAAGAGAAGCGUAUCACAGUGAAGCGGACCUGUAUAAAGUCUCUGCCCAGCGUGCUGGUCAUCCACCUAAUGCGAUUCGGCUUUGACUGGGAAAGCGGCCGGUCCAUCAAAUACGAUGAGCAGAUCCGAUUCCCCUGGGUGCUGAACAUGGAGCCGUACACAGUGUCAGGAAUGGCCCGUCAAGAUUCAAGUGCAGAUCAUGGAGAGAACGGGAGAGGGGGCGAGGCCGGAUCCGGGGGAUCGCCUCGGAAGAAGGUCACCAUCUCUGAGAACUACGAACUGGUGGGAGUGGUGGUCCACAGCGGACAGGCCCAUGCAGGACAUUAUUACUCAUUCAUCAAAGACCGCCGGGGUAGUUCACGAGGACGCUGGUAUAAGUUUAACGACAAUGUUGUUGAAGAGUUUGACAUGAACGAUGAGACUCUGGAGUACGAGUGUUUUGGAGGAGAGUACAGACCCAGAGUUUAUGACCAGUCUAACCCCUACCCGGAUGUGCGGCGGCGCUACUGGAACGCCUACAUGCUGUUCUACCAGCGCAUCAGUGACCAGAACUCCCCCGUCCUGCCCAAAAAGAGUCGAGUCAGCAUCGUGAGGCAGGAGGCAGAGGAUCUCUCACUGUCAGCCCCAUCCUCUCCAGAGAUCUCACCCCAAUCCUCCCCACGGCCACCCCGAGCCAACAAUGACCGCCUCACCCUGCUCACACGCUUGGUCAAGAAAGGAGAGAAGAAGGGUCUGUUUGUGGAAAAGAUGCCUGCUAGGAUCUAUCAGAUGGUGAGAGAUGAAAAUCUGAAGUUCAUGAAGAACAGAGACGUUUACAAUAGUGAUUACUUCAACUUCACACUGUCUCUGGCCUCUGUCAACGCAACGAAGUUAAAGCAUCCAUCGUAUCAGGCCAUGGCCAAAACCAGCCUGCAGCUGGCUGUCCAGUUCCUCUUCCACACUUAUCUGCGCACUAAAAAGAAACUCAGGGUGGACACAGAGGAGUGGAUCGCUACCAUGGAGGGUUUGUUGUCCAAGAGUAGUGAGGCGUGUCAGUGGAUGGUGCAGUACCUGGUGGCACCUGAAGGACGGGAGAUCAUCAAGAUCUGUCUGUUGGAAUGCAGUGUGCGGGAGGUCCGUGUCGUGGUGGCCACCAUCCUGGAGAAGACCCUGGAGAGUGCUUUGUACUUCCAGGACGCUGGGUUAGACUGUCUUUUGGACAUGCUGCUGUCUCUAUUGGAUAAGGAUGUCCCGGAUAACUGCAAGAACUGCUCUCAGUACUUCAGCCUCUUCAGUAACUUUGCUCAGAGGGGCUGUGGGCCAUGUCAGCUGCUGCUGAAACAUUCUGCUUAUCGUCGGAUGCUUGUCUUCCUCCUGGGACCCAACCGGCAAAACAACCAGCACCGGCGCUGGAGUUCAGCACAGGCUCGUGAGUUCCUGCAUCUUCACAACACUCUGGCCCUGAUCAUGCUGCACACAGACCUCACGUCUCAGAGGACAGAGUCUCAAGGAGUGUUCAAGCACGCUUCAUCAGGACUGGUGGCUCCAUCUUCACCCCUCCUGCCUCUACAUCCAGACAUCAACACGUUGCUCUUCAAAGCAGAAGUGCAGGUGUAUCUCAUGGAGGUGAUGUUUGCCAUGCGUGAGUUGUCCGGCCCAUUGUCGUUUCUCAUAGAGAUGAUCACAUAUUGCUCGUUCUGUAACGAACCUUUCUCACUGGGAGUCCUACACUUACUCAAGAACCAUCUGGAAACGGCUCCUCCUCACGAACUGAAGAACGUCUUUCAGAUGCUCCUAGAGAUUCUGAUGGUAGAGGACCCUCUGCAGUCUCAGAGGCUCAAAUAUGCAUUUGAAUCUGAAAAGGGCCUUCUGGCUUUGAUGCAUCAGAGCAACAAUGUGGACAGCAGUCGCUGCUAUCAGUGUGUGAAGUUCCUGGUCACACUGGCACAGAAAUGUUCUCCAGCUAAGGACUAUUUUAAAGAGCUCUCAGGACAUUGGAGUUGGGCAGUGCAGUGGCUUCAGAAGAAGAUGUCUGAGCACUACUGGACGCCUCAGAGUAACGUAUCGAAUGAGACGUCCACGGCUAAAACCUUCCAGCGCACCAUCUCAGCACAGGACACUCUAGCUUAUGCCACAGCUUUACUGAAUGAGAAGGAGCAGUCCGGCAGCAGUAAUGGUUCAGACGGCAGCCCGGCCAAUGAGAACUCAGACAGAAGCCUCAGACAGGGAUCCGAAUCCCCAAUGAUGUUGGGUGAUUCUCGAAGUGAUCUAGAAGAUGUGGAUCCGUAACGCUUCUCAUUGUUUUUGCGCAUCAAAACAACACAAAAAAGUUACCCUCCGAUGGAAAGAUGUGGCUCUAAACAGACAAUCAGAAAACUGCAUUUGUUCUUCUAGGGACUGGAAAUGGAGUGACCAGAAGCAGCCAAAGGCCCCGUCGGAGCGCUCGCUCCUCAGGCCGCCUCACCUGAGAAGUAAACAGA